AGUUUCUCGGGGAGUGGCCCGAGCUGAAGACUGUAACUGUAAGCCGCUUGCCUCGUCUCUCGUUACUGGCAGCGAAACAUUAGUGAACUUCCUGUUGUUGUGUAUGUUUGUUUGUCUCAAUAUGUGCUGCUGAUAGUGCCUCUUACUGCUUAAUGCUGUGCGUAUGGAGUGCAGCACACUUAAUGCAUUGGAAUGAGUGCCGUCUCCCUCUGCCCCACCCAUCGGUUCCAAGUCCCCGCGGAGACUCUGAGAAAGCGGUAGAGGAUGAGCAAGUCCCCCACACCCAAGGGCACUCCGGUGCAGCGUAGCCCCAGCGAUGGGCUCCCCGACGGGCUCACCGAUGGACUCCCCGAGGGCCUCAUGUCCCCCGGACACUCCACCCCCGGCUCAGGGCCGCAGCAUAAGAAACGCAUCUCCAGCCUACUGCAGAGCCCGUCCUUUCGGGAGGAGCUGGACGUGCUGAUCCAGGAGCAUGUGAAGAAGGGAGGAAGCUCCUCAAACCUGUGGGCCCUGCGGCAGCUGGCCGACUUCAUGGCCUCGCACGGAUCCCCCGCCGCCCUCACCGCCUCGCCCUCAAACAUGAUGAUGGUGACGCCCAUCAACGACCUGCAGGGCUCCGAGACUAGCGGCCUGGUGAAGGGCGAGCGGCUGAUGCGCUGCAAGCUGGCCAGCGUCCACCGCCUGUACGACCUCUUCGGCUGGGCCAGCCUCAACCAAAGCUGCCUUACCCUCCGUGUGAGCAAGGAGCAGGAGCAUUUCCUGGUGAUGCCCGAGGGCCUGGCGUACUCUGAGGUCACUUCCUCCAGCCUGGUGAAGGUGAACAUUGUGGGGGAAGUGGUGGACGGCGGCAGCACCUCCCUGGGAGUGGACACGGACCGCUUCGGCCUGCACUCGGCCAUCUACUCGGCCCGGCCGGACGUCCGCUGCCUGCUGCACCUGCACACCCCGGCCACCGCCGCGGUGUCGGCCAUGAAGUGCGGCCUGCUGCCCCUCUCCCACGAGGCACUGCUGGUGGGCGACACUGCCUACUACGACUACAACGGCCUCAUGGAGGCCGAGGGGGACCGGGUGGAGCUGCAGAAGAGCCUAGGCCCCACCUGCAAGGUUCUGGUGUUGAGGAACCAUGGCAUUGUGGCGCUGGGAGAGUCUGUGGAAGAGGCCUUCUACACUAUCUACCACAUCCAGUCCGCCUGCCAGAUCCAGGUGUCGGCACUGUGUAGCGCGGGCGGCGUCCAGAACCUGAUCCUGCUGGACCGGACCACCCAGAGACCAAACCCCACCGGCACCGUGGGCUGGGCCGGCUCCACCUUCGGACCCCUGACCAAGAGUCGGCUGGGGGAGCACGAGUUUGAAGCCCUCAUGAGGACCAUGGACAACCUGGGUUACCGCACCGGCUACGCCUACCGCUUCCCCGUGCAGUCGGAGCGCACGCGGACGCGCCGCGAGGUGGAGGUGCCCGCCUCGGCCAUCUCCUUCAGCCACCUGGAGGAGGAGGGCGGCCUGCACCACCUGGGGCUCCAGCGGCAGCAGCCCUACGCCCAGCGGCAGCAGCAGGAGCGCAGCCGCUGGCUCAACACCCCCAACACCUACCAGAAGGUCAACCAGGAGCAGGCCAGCCCGGGCCACCACCAGCGCUCCACCACCUGGCUGAAGGCAGAGGAAGUUACUCAGGCGGGCAGCACGUCCAUCAAGAUCGAGAGGAACCAGUUUGUGCCUCUGUUCACCAACCCCUCAGAGGUUCUGGAGACACGGAACAAGAUUCGCCAGCAGAACCGUCAGGACAUGAAGACAGCCGGGCCUCAGUCUCAGGUCUUGGCCAGCGUCACAGAAAACUGUCCCCCGUCUCCAGAGAGCCCGGUCCAACUUCCUCCGGAGCCAGAGCCCCCAAACCCCUUCAACCAGCUGACCGACAACGAGCUGGAGGAGUACCGCAAGGAGGUGCAGAGGAAGCAGGACGUCGACGGGGAGGAGGAGGAGGUGGAGGAGCAGGUGGGUGACAAGGAGUCCUCUCCUGCCACCUCCCCCACUAAGGCCUCCCCCACUAAGGCCUCCCCCACUAAGGCCUCCCCCACCAGGGUCCCCGUGCCCAACGACCUCCCCCUGCUCCAAGAAGACACAGAGACGGCGGUGGCGGCGCCGGCCGUGGUAGUGGAAAACGGCGGCGAGGAGGAGAAGCAGACGAUUGAGGAGCUGGAGAAGGGCAUGAAGGGCCUCUCCACCGACGAGACCACCACCACGGCCCCUUCCGCCGACCCCGCCGCCGUGCCGCCCCCCGCCGCCAAGCCACUAGGGGGCACCCCGGAGGGCUCGCCCUGCAAGAGCCCGUCCAAGAAGAAGAAGAAGUUCAAGGCGCCGUCGUUCCUGAAGAAGAGCAAGAAGCAGAAGGAGAAGGAGAAGGUGGAGGCCUGAGGCGGCUUGCCUCCUCGCCACACUACAGGCCUCCACCCCCCGGAUCAGAGGGUGGAGGUCUGUCGCGGCUCGGCUCCUUGCCGCUCUACAGGCCUCCACCCUGAUCAGAGAGAGUCGGGAAAAGAGUUGUCCGCCGUGUGUCUUCAUCUGCCUGUGGUAGCCUAUCAAUGAA